AUGCUUGCGGCAGUCAUGGCGAUGCUGGUUGUUCUAUGCCUCACUAAAGAGGUAUUCAAAUUAAUCACUUCGUUAGACAAACCUUGGAUUGGUUUUAUUUAUGGAAUCGAGGUUUUUCUGUUUGCAGCCGUAAUCAUUCAUUUAUUUUGUGAACGCCAGCGAAUCAAAACUGAACCCCUUGUGAAAACCCAAGAUAUGGAAAAUGCUCAUCAUGAUUCUGAAGAAAUUAAGUCGAUAAUUAAACAAACUCAUGCAUUAAAAAAUCAUCACACCUUCUGGACGGCGUUGUUAACUACCAUCAUUACAUCAUGUUUCUGGAUUCUUACAGCUUUAAAGUUCAACAAAGCUGACAGCAAAAAGGACAUUAAUGCUGCAUGGAUGUAUGUCUUCUCGCUUUUAAUUCCAACCAAUGUGUAUUUCAAGGACAUUUUUAUCCCAAUGAUCAUCUGUCCGCUCUUGGAGUUUUUGGAUCCCAUUCCCGCCUCCUAA